AUGGAGUCUGGGGGUGCUGAGUCUGGGGGUGCUGAGCCUGGGAGUGCUACACCUGGAGGAGCUCUCUCCUCCGAGCAGCUGCGUGAGUGGUACUUACAGUACUGCAGCCUCAGGAGAGGUGCUUCUGGCGCUCGGAGCGCUGCUGGAGCUGGUGCUAGUGCUUCCCCUCCUAGGCGGGCGCUGCCCUCUCCCCUGCAGCUUCGCGAGUGGUACGCUCGGCACUGCAGUCUCCGGAGUGGCGCUCCUCGCGUCGCGGACCCCGGUGCUGCUGCUGGAGCUGCUGGGGGUGCUGCUGGUCCUGGUGCUGCUGGUGCUGGUGCUGCUGGAGCUGCUGGAGGUACUGCUGGUGCUGCUGGGGCUGCUGGAGGUGUUGCUGGUGCUGGUGCUGCUGGAGCUGCAGGAGGUGCUGUUGCUGCUGCUGGUGCUGCUGGAGCUGCUGGAGGUGUUGCUGGUGCUGGUGCUGCUGGAGCUGCAGGAGGUGCUGCUGCUGCUGGCGGUGCUGCUGGCGCUGCUGGAGGUGCUGCUGGUACUGGUGUUACUGGUGCUGGUGCUGCUGGAGCCGCCGGUCUUGGAGGUGCUCGUACUGGAGGUACUGGAGCUGCUGGGACUGGAGCUGCUGAGGGGGUUGGCGCUGGAGGUGCUGAGCGGCCGCGGCCGUACUAUGUUCCGCUCCUUCAGCAGGUUCUUGGUCUCCCGCCCUCUCCUGGUCCUACUCCUCCUCCCCUACUGAGUCCACCACCUGUCCCGUCGCAGUCACAGUUACAGCCUGCCUCUCCACUGCCUGGUCCUUCUCCUUACACUGCGCCGACAGGUAGCUUUACGGAGCGUCGUGAGCCUGAGUCUCGUCCUCCGUCGCCUGAGUCCAGUCCUGCGUCUUCUGAGUCUCGUCCAGAGUCGCCUGUCCGCACUGCCCGCACUGGUCGUCGUGCUCCGCGUCAGCGUCCUCCUCCUGUCCUUGGCACUCACUAUAUGACCCUGCGUCCUUCCACUGCUCCACAGCGCGUCCCUCUGCCGUCUCCUCCUGCGUCCUCUCUUCCUGACGUUGCCGACCCGCCGUCAGACCUUACUCGUGCUGCCAGUCCUACUGUCGCGCGUCUCCUUGCCACUGUUGUCACUGACCCUACCUUUGAGUCCUCUGCUGCGUCUGCUCUUGUCGCUGAGCUUGUUGACUUUGCUGCCGCCUGUCGUCUAGACUACGCCGCUAGCCUUGUCGCUGAGUCUGAGUCUGUCUGUCCUCCGUCCGUCGGGGGUGAAGCGGCCGCCGGGUUCUCCGCCUGCCUUCAAGGCGCAUUACGUUGCACGACACCAAAGAUGACCACUCUUCGGGUUCUGCUGCACGUCGCCGCUCAGCGUGACUACGAGCUCCACUGCCUUGACUUCAGCACUGCGUUCCUACAGGGCACCCUGCACGAGGAGAUCUGGCUGCGCCGCCCACCUGGCUUCACUGGGACGUUCCCUCCUGGUACCCAGUGGAGCCUCCGGCGGCCGGUCUACGGUCUCCGCCAGGCACCCCGUGAGUGGCACGACACACUGAGGACUACUCUUGCUGCUCUUGGGUUUGCUCCUUCUACUGCUGACCCGUCGCUGUUUCUACGCACCGACACCACUCUGCCGCCGUUCUACGUUCUCGUGUACGUAGACGACUUGGUCUUUGCUACUGCUGACACUGAGGCACUCGCCCACGUGAAGUCGGAGCUGCAGAAGAGACACAUGUGCACAGACCUGGGUGAGCUGACAAGCUAUCUUGGCUUGCGGAUCACCCGGGACAGAGCACAGCGCACCAUCACCUUGACUCAGUCACAUAUGGUGCAGCAGGUCCUUCAGCGCUUCCGCUUCACGUACUCCUCGCCUCAGCCCACUCCUCUGCCUACCGGUCACUCGCUCUCAGCUCUGCCUUCGGAUGAGUCUGUAGAGCCGAGUGGCCCGUAUCCAGAGCUUGUGGGCUGCCUCAUGUACCUGAUGACCUGCACUCGACCUGACCUAGCCUACCCUCUUAGCAUCCCAGCACGCUAUGUCGCUCCUGGCCGUCACCGGAAGGAGCACAUGGAUGCCGCUAAGAGGGUGUUGCGCUACUUGUGCAGUACGUCGGGCAUGGGGCUUGUGCUUGGAGGACGGCGCGACGUUGUCCUCACUGGACACUCAGACGCUUCUUGGGCUGACGACCAGGCUACGCAGCGGUCGUCUCAGGGUUACACCUUCAGCCUUGGCUCUGGCUCUGUUUCCUGGCGUUCUACACGCUCUUCCUCUGUUCUCAGCUCCAGUUGUGAGGCUGAGAUCUACGCCACAGCCAUGGCUGCCCAGGAGCUACGCUGGCUCACCUACCUGCUGACCGACCUCGGAGAGCGGCCUAGUUCUCCUCCAGUGCUGUACGUCGACAACAAGGCAGCCAUUGCCUUGUGUGAGGAGCACAGACUGGAGCACAGAACGAAGCACAUCGCUCUGCGCUACUUCCUUGCUCGAGAGCUGCAGCAGCGUGGUCAGCUUCGUCUGCGUUACGUGGCCACUCGGGCCAACACUGCUGAUGUCUUCACCAAGGCGCUUCAGCCUUGUGACCAUCAGCGUUUCUGUACUGUUCUAGGCCUUGUGCCUACUCUCCCUCACUUGCUCACUUCUUGA